CACAGAGCGUCGCGGUAACCCGUGCAAACUGCUGCAACGACGGACUUCGCCGGAAUUUUCGCGAGUUUGUCUCACGUGACGUUCGCCAUAGACGAAUGCGUGGAUCGUGACGUACGAUUGUCAUUUGUUUACGUGUGUCACGUGGAUCCCGGUAUGGUCAAUUGGUACCAAUGUGACAAUGACAUUUUGGUUCCUCAAUGGAAUUCCUCGAACGACUUUUUCAUUUGUUUUUUAAACUGAAAUUGUUUUGUAAAUAAUAUGAAAAUGUUUUAGUGUCGUACUUUUGUGGUUUGGACUUUAUUACUUAGUUUGUUAGAACUUCAUGUUCUCGGAAAAUAGUAAAAACAAAAAAAAUUUUUUGCCUAAAAGCGUCAAUCAGGCUGCCAUGUGAUGCAUCGCAAUGCCAAAUUCGUCCGCGGCUCCUGAGCCGACGACGCGGCCAAACGCCGCCAUGAGUCCCGAACAAGAAGCCUCACCACCCCCAGCGGCACCGGGGGCCUCACCGCCACCACCCCCAACUCGCCUUCCCUCCCCCGCCGCCUCCACCUCGGACGUGGAGCAGUUCGCCGGUAAAAUCGUCUACAAUCCCGACGGGUCCGCUUACAUUAUCGAGGAUUCCGAAAGCGAUUGUGAAGCCCCCGUACCCGCUCCCGAAAAUGGACCCCCUCUACAGGCUGUGUACGUAUCACGAAUGCUCAGACAGCCCACGAGACCUUCUGAGCUACCGGCGGUUCAUAGUUAUCGGGUGGUGGCUUUAAGGGACGCGAGACCUCCCAGACCUGCGUCGUUACCCGUUAAGCCAAUCCUCAUGUGCUUCGUGUGUCGGCUGUCGUUCGGGUUCGCUCGGUCGUUCGCUAGUCACGCAAGCGCAGAACACGGGGUGGCGCUCCAAGACGCGGAACGCGAAGUGCUUGCGCAGGACUGCGGCGCUAUUUUGCAAUGCGUGGGAGCCGAGAAGCGACCAAUAGUGUCUCUCCUUGAACCUUUGGGUAACCCAAUCAAUACUGAGCAACAGCUGAUACAACAACAAACCUCAAUACCUAACAGAACUGAAUCGAUGCAACCUCCUCAGCAUCCGCAGCAGACGCAGCAGGUGCAAUCAACGCCUGGAAAGUCACCUAGUCCUCCUUUUGCCUCCCCCCCUGCUUUUAUGACAGGAACGACGAUAGGAGUUUGUCCAGAGCAUCUUCAAGGCAGGCCCUCGGGAGUAGAUUGUCAGCGAUGCGAAAUGAUUUUGGCUUCCGGCAGAUUGGGACCUGCAGGGCUUGCUAAUGUGCAUAGCCGAAACUCCUGUAAGACUUUAAAGUGUCCAAAAUGUAACUGGCACUAUAAAUAUCAGGAGACUCUGGAGAUUCACAUGAAGGAAAAGCAUCCGGAAGCAGAAACAAGCUGUAUAUAUUGUAUAGCAGGCCAGCCUCAUCCUCGAUUAGCGAGGGGAGAAACAUAUACAUGCGGAUACAAACCGUACAGGUGUGAAGUCUGCAACUAUUCGACAACUACCAAAGGCAAUCUUAGUAUUCAUAUGCAAUCUGAUAAGCAUUUGAAUAAUAUGCAAGAGUUACAAAAUGGUGGAGGUCCCAAUGGUGAAACUAGACAAGCGUCACCAAAGGCUCCCUCAUUACAUCAUUCCCCAGUGAGUUCAGGACAUAAACCCAAGCCUAGUUUUAGGUGUGACGUGUGCAAUUAUGAAACGAAUGUAGCGAGAAAUUUGCGAAUUCACAUGACCAGUGAAAAACAUACGCACAAUAUGUUGGUUUUACAACAGAACGUGAAACAUAUGCAAACGCUGAGCGCGCUGCAUCACCAACAACACCCGCAGCAGCAUAUGGAGAGCCUUUACGGGAUGUACCCAGGGCUUGGCGAUAAGCCAGAGGCUGCCCUCGCCGACAUGGCAUAUAACCAAGCUUUACUUAUUCAGAUGAUGACUGGAGGUCAACUUCCAGGACACGCAGGACCUGCGGAGAUGGCAGCUCAUUCCGAUUUGGGAUUAAAUCCCGAAACCAUGGAACCACCACCAGAACCAGCGGAUCCUGAUCCAGAAAAGACUUAUCAAUGUUGCGUUUGCAACGUGUUCCAAACCGACUCUCUAGAAGAUCUGGGGAGACACUUAGCAUUAGACAGAACUAGACUGAGGGAGCAAGAGAUCCUAGCUGUAGUCGCAGGCCACUACGUCUGCAAACUGUGCACAUACAAAACGAAUCUCAAAGCUAAUUUCCAACUUCACUGCAAGACUGAUAAACACCUUCAAAGGCUGCAACACGUUAACCACGUGAAAGAGGGUGGACCACGUAACGAGUGGAAACUAAAAUACGCCUCGGCACCGGGGGGUGUUCAAAUUAGGUGUAACGCCUGUGACUACUAUACGAAUUCGGCACACAAACUUCAGCUACAUUCAGCUGCGGGCAGACACGACGCUGGAGUUGCCUUGUUGAAGCAUUUGCAGGACCGAUGCUCCAGUUUGCAACCGAAUCAACCGAGAGUGUAUCAUUGUUCUUUGUGCGGGUUUUCAGCGACUAAUCGGUUACCGCUUUUACAGCACGUGCGGUCGUUGAAACAUUUACAUAUGGAGCAGUUGCAUCAGUUGCAAAGGCGGGCGGAGGGAAAGGAAACAUCUCCCGAAAUCGGCGAGGUGUUUCAUGUGGUGCCUGGACCUAUUGAUCAGAAUCAGCAACAUAGGCAAUCCCCUGAUCGACGUGACAGCGUUGCUUCAGAUCUCUCACAACUAGAUUCCAACCAAGUAAAAUCUGAACCAACCGAUAUGGAAGAGACAAAUCAUAUAGACUCCAAUCCAGGAAGUCAUAUGUGCCCAUAUUGCGACUAUUCCAGUGAUAGUGAAAUGCGAAUUCAAGCCCAUGUUUUAGCACAACAUGGUCCAAAUCAUCCCAGUCUGCAACAGCAAGAACAGUCCGCUAUUCAUUGUCCAUUAUGUCAAGAUUUAUUUAAAGACAGAGCUACUUUAGAAAGGCAUGUCAUGCAAGUACAUUCUGUGAACAGCGAAGGUCUUCAGAGACUUCUAAUGCUUGUCGAUCAAAGCCACUGGUUAAAUCAGACUUCUAGAACGUCAACUCCAAUCAACCCAGGUCCAGCUGUCCAGAACCAAAUAUCUCCUACCUCAGUGUCUUCCAAGGACUCCAGUAAAUUGGAGAAAAGUGACGGUAGCAACAAUGAUGAGAACCGUGACUUAUUGUCUCCUAAUAGUGAUGAGACUGCAGAAAAUGAAAGCGAACGUUGCAGCAUUUGCUUCAAAACAUUUAGAAAUGUUGAUGAAUUAUGUUUGCACCAAAAUGAAACAGGGCACCAGCUAGAAGUGAAACAAACUCCGAGUGGACCAGGGUAUGUUUGCUGGAAGAAGGGUUGCAAUCAGUUCUUUCCCACUGCACACACAUUACAGAUGCAUUUCAAGGAAGUACACGCUCGAAAUUCUAUUGCCAACAUGUCUGUGAGCGAGAAGCAUGUUUACAAAUACCGUUGCAAUCAGUGCUCUCUUGCUUUUAAAACUUUAGAAAAACUACAGCUACAUUCACAGUAUCACAUGAUUAGAGAUGCUACAAAAUGUGUGUUGUGUGGACGAAGCUUUAGGUCUCUUGUGGCUUUGCAUAAACAUGUAGAAAGUGUACAUUCUGAAUUGACUGAUGAAGAAUUAAAUGCCUACAAGCAAAGCUUAAUGAACAACCCAUUAUUGUUAGCGGGUUUGCAGGGGCAAAUACUGGACAGUAAUACUAAUGAUCUGCUAAAGAAAGAAAGUCUUCGAGAGGAAAAUGAAAGCAACACAGAAUGUGAUGAAACUAAGGAUCUGAGCACUAGUCAAUCUUUAGACGAAAGCAACCAGAAUGAUGGUGAAAAUUCCGAUGAUAGUAUUGUCUAUAAAGAUCAGCAAUUUUUAGAAGAUUAUCUGAAUAGCCAAGCAAUGGCGGAAGAUAGUUAUAAUGACCCAAACAGAAAGUACAAGUGCCAUAGGUGUAGAGUAGCCUUUACUAGACAAAGCUACUUGACCGCACAUAAUAAGACCUUGCUUCACAGAAAAGGCGAAAAACUCACUUAUCCUAUGGAAAAGUACCUUGACCCUAACAGACCAUACAAAUGCGAUGUAUGUAAAGAAAGCUUUACGCAAAAGAAUAUUUUGCUGGUGCACUAUAACUCUGUAAGCCAUCUACACAAGUUAAAACGAGCCAUGCAAGAACAGGCCAAUAAUAAUAAUAACUCGCCAGUUUCACCAAUAAUUGGUACAACUCAAGCCCAGAAUCUCUCUAUGACACCUAAAAGCACUGCAAGCGAAGAUGAUGAUAAGAAAAAAUAUCGCUGUAAUAUCUGCAAGGUUGCAUAUACCCAGGGCAGCACGCUAGACAUACACAUGCGAAGCGUCUUACAUCAAACGAGGGCCAGUAAACUGCAAGAUUUGGCAAUGUCGGGGCAGAUUGACCUGUCCAGGCCUCUUAUCGAGCAGCCCGACGUCAUACAGUCUCCGAAACAACCCUCUCCGACACCGAGUGGUGGGGAGGCGAUCAAACAACCCUGCCCCACCCCGCCGAGCCCAUCAGGUAUGCCAGGUAGUCAAGGGAUGAACUGUCUAAAGUGCGGUUCAUCUUUCGCGACGCAAGAUCAGUUAGCUGCUCACCAGGUGUACUGUUUGUUCGCGACGCCUAUGGCCGUAUUACACGCGGGUAACAAUGACGAAAUUUCAGAAGAAUCCAAAGCAAUGACUGGGAAAAAAGGUUCUCCGAUUUAUAAGCAUUUGCUUGAGGGUUACGGUUUCGAUUUGGUGAUGCAAUAUAACGAAAGCCAUCAAAGAAGACAACGACAAGCUGAAAAAGAAAAAGCCGAAGCAGAAUUAAAAAUGAGAGAGAGCAAAGAGGAGGUUUGUGCCGAAGAAGAUGUGCCGGAGCCGCAACAAGAGGUAUGUGAAAUCCCUGAACUGAAGGAGGAAAAAUAUGAAGAACCUGAAAAACAAAAUUGUGAUGAAAAAGACGAAGAAGUGAGUAGUUUACCUGAAGUGAGUAAAUCGACUUGUCAAACGUGCAACAAAGAGUUUUCCAGUGUGUGGGUGCUUAAAAGUCAUUGUGAAGAAGUGCACAAGGACCUAGUGCCCCUUGAAUAUCUUGAAAAAUAUGCUCAGCAAUUGAAAAAUGAAAUCGAAAAGAAAACCGUCGUCGUUACUGCUGCAACAAGUUCCACCACAAACGCAGCUCCACAAAUUACAACUCCAACAAGCGCAAGCGAUCGCACUAGUCCCACUACUGAAGUUGCCACUCCAGAAAAAGAUGCAGACGAAAGCAAAGAAGGUCUCCAUGUUAAACUUAACCUACAAAAUCCAACGGAGCCAACUUCUACUGCUCCAAGCACCCCAACAAGUAGCACGACUCCUGCCAGCUCGACUGAAUCUCUUCCUGCAAACAUCCAAGCAAUGCUGGCACAAACGAUGGCUCAGAAUCCUAUGGCUUUAGCUCAGCAAAUGUCAGAAAUGCAGGCAGCUUUAAACGUAAUGCAAUUGCAACAACUGCAGCAGUUUAAUCCCGUGAUGCAAAUGAUGGGCAUGGGAUUACCUUUGGGACUUAACGCUUUGGCUGCGAUGAACUUGCAGCCACCACUAGUACCUUUGAUGAUGCCGCCGCCUCCGUUUGACCCUAUGAGUCAAUUUGGUGGACAGGACCAGCAGUCUAUGAUGGCUAAGCAGCAGGCUGCCAUGUUGCAGCAACAAGCGGUUGCAAAUGCUGCUGCAAACCAAAAACGUGCAAGAACCCGCAUAACAGAUGAUCAGCUGAAGAUUCUUCGAGCCCACUUUGAUAUUAACAACUCCCCAUCUGAAGAUCAAAUCCACGAAAUGGCUAAUCAAAGCGGUUUGCCCCCUAAAGUAAUUAAGCACUGGUUUCGUAACACUUUGUUCAAAGAAAGACAGCGCAAUAAAGACAGCCCUUAUAAUUUUAACAACCCUCCCUCGACGACUUUAAAUCUGGAAGAAUAUGAAAAAACUGGAGAAGCCAAGGUGAUGCCUUUAAACAGCUCUUCUGGUAGUAGCUCAGAUGAAACAAACAAGAGCAAAGAGUCAAUUUCACCAAUACAAAUGCAUCUCCAAACUCCCGAAAUAAAAAAGGAAAUUAAAGAGGAACCGAGCGAUGAACAACACCAUCAAAAAUUCGAAAUUCAAAAGCCACAUAAUGAAUCUCUGGAAGAAAGAGCGCAAAGCUUCUUUAACCUUCCCCCAAACCUACAGCCCCCGCAGAGUCCAGCAACCUCAGUGGCUUCCACAGAAAGUAUUAACGUUUCUUCUCAGCCCACCACGCCGAAUAACUUAAGCCUUACAUCCAUUAUUGCAUCACAAUUAGGUGACACACUAACUACAAGUACCCCCACUCUAAACCUAGCUGGCAUGUCUUCGCAUCAUGGCUUAACUAGUCCAAUGCUUCCACCACCAAAAAUUAAUCAGCAAAACUUUCCAAAUCCAAACAACUUACAAGGAAUGUUGCCAAUGACCCCCAAUAGAUGCCUAAGUCCGAAUAGAGAUUUCAAUAGCCAAGGCAGCAAUGGCUCCACUGGCAAAAGAGCUAACAGAACCAGAUUUACUGACUAUCAAAUUAAGGUCCUGCAAGAGUUUUUUGAGAACAACGCAUAUCCUAAAGAUGACGACCUUGAAUAUCUUUCAAAAUUACUAAACCUAAGUCCUCGUGUUAUCGUGGUCUGGUUUCAAAACGCUAGACAAAAAGCAAGAAAGGUUUACGAAAACCAGCCUGCAGUAGAGCCUGCCCCAGGUAUCGACGAAAGUGGUGCUAACCGGUUUCAAAGAACCCCAGGCCUAAACUACCAAUGCAAAAAAUGCUUACUAGUAUUCCAACGUUACUAUGAAUUAAUCAGACAUCAAAAAACUCAUUGUUUUAAAGAAGAAGACGCUAAACGUAGUGCGCAAGCUCAAGCUGCCGCCGCCCAAAUUGCCGCUGUUUUAAGCUCAGAAGACUCAAACUCAAGCACCACUGUUGAACCGAAUCACCAUCAACAACAACAAAUGCAAAAUCAGCCGCAAAACCUUAUGACGACAUCUAAUCAAAGCUCGAGUAUCCAGGCUAUGAGCCCUACACAGCCUGCCGCUCCCACCACCCCAACUCCGUCACAAGGAAAUUUUCCCAGUACGUCACCAACUCCUUCAGAAACUAAAGAGGGUACCUUCCAAUGCGACAAAUGUAAUUUGGUAUUUCCCAGAUUUGAACUUUGGCGCGAGCAUCAGCUCGUUCAUUUGAUGAAUCCAAAUUUAUUUCCCAGUUACCCCCCGGAUAGCCCUUUUGGGAUACUUCAGCAACACGCUCAGCUUCAGCAACUUAAUGCCAACCUUGGAGACAUUUCUAAGCAAAAUAAUCAGAUGCAAGGUAAUCAAAAUGUUCCACAUCCUUUAAUUAAUAUGCUGAAUAAUGUUACCGGUCAAAAACGUAAAAUGGAGGAGUUUGGUGACGCAGAAAGUGACACCUCGGAUCAACCUAAAGACAAAAGGCUUAGAACGACUAUUUUGCCAGAACAGCUAGAUUACCUAUACCAAAAAUAUCAGAUUGAAAGCAACCCUUCCAGAAAAAUGCUGGAGAACAUUGCCAGGGAAGUAGGAUUAAAAAAAAGAGUUGUGCAAGUUUGGUUUCAAAAUACCCGAGCUAGAGAGAGAAAGGGGCAAUUUCGAGCACAUGCUCAGGUGAUCAACAAGAGAUGUCCUUUUUGUCCCGCUCUGUUUAAAGUCAAAAGUGCCCUAGAGUCUCACUUGACUACUAAACAUGCUGAUCAAUGUGCACGAGGUGAAAUUAACAUUGAUGCUUUGCCAGACGAGGAGGUCAGCCUUGAAAGUGCCCCGAGUCUUUCGGGCGGUAGUGAGAAUAAAUUUCAGCAGCAAAACCCGAAUUUGAUGCCCUCACUUUUUCCAGCGUUGCAUCCUGACAUGGAAAACUCUAUUAAAAAAUAUUACGAGGAAAGUAUGAAGCGGUAUAUUAAUGAGCUGCAACAUCAUGCCACAUCUUCUAAUGGAGACAAGAGUGAAAUUAAAACAGAAAAGGGUGAAGGCGGAGAAAUCCCUCUAGAUUUAUCAAAACCAGUCGACUUAUCUAGACCUAUGAAAGUCUCCAUGGAACAUGGAGGGCUUUGCGAUCCAGGUCCUUUAACAGAUCUUAGUGAGCGUUCGUUAUGCGAUGAACGCGAACAUGAACAAGAACAAAGUGAUACAAUGUCUGAAACUACCGAAUAUAUAGAUGAUGAAAGCAAUCCUACUUCUCCAGCGAGCAGCACUCAAAGUAACACCCAGCGACUCAAUUCGUCCGGUGGGUCUCAAACCGGAAAUAAACGAUAUAGAACCCAGAUGAGUUCUGUACAGGUUAAAAUUAUGAAGUCGCUAUUUCACGAUUAUAAAACGCCCACCAUGGCAGAAUGUGAAAGUUUGGGCAAGGAAAUCGGUUUACCGAAACGUGUUAUUCAGGUUUGGUUCCAGAAUGCUCGUGCGAAAGAAAAAAAGGGUAAAAUAGCCUUGCAAAAAGUCUUAGGACAGACUGAAAAUGAAAAUCCGUUACUACCAGAAGACUGCAAGUAUUGCAACUUUAAAUACUCUCAUAAAUAUUCGAUUCAAGACCAUAUAUUUACUAAAAGCCAUAUUGCUAACGUGCGCGUGCAUAUAGAAUCGCAACAAAAUAAGGACUGUCAGGAAGGAAAUGAGUUUCAAGUGCCACAGCUCCCAGCUGGUCCUGGGACAAUCAGUGCUGACUCUACUACAAACUUACAGGGGGCAAAUAGCCAUAAUAUGCAACAUUCACCUAGCCAGCAACAGAACCAGCUAAACAACAACACUCAUCUUCAGCUUCUGCAGAUGGCCGGUAUGCAGGUUCCAAAUACAAAAGCUGCAGAGCAAGAAGAGAGUCCGGAGAGUUUGUUUCAACAGCUCUAUGCCUUGGGGAACAAUUCUAAUUUUGGAGUUCAGAACCAGUACGUGCAUCAUGCGAUGUUUGGAGCAAAUGGCGGAGCCGGAGGACUGCUUCUAGAUACCGGUAGCGGUCCCUCAUUCCUUCCUCUUCCCCCCCAAGUACUCGAUCAAGUGGCACAAAACAACACCGAACCAGGAGUAACAACCCUUAAACUGCCCGACGCUACCUAUCAAAGAUCUCCAGAUCUUCCAGUAAGGGAUGUCGACGUAGAGCUCUGUUUUGUAUGCAAAAAAUGCCGAAUGGCUUAUCCGAGUGACUCUCCACUUCUGUCGCAUCAGAGACAGUGCUAUGGACCCAACCAAGAGUCCCGAGGGGCCUUCAGGAUCGUUCAAACUGGAUACGAGUGUAGACAGUGCAACGACGGUAAGAAGUUUAAGAGUUUGAUGGAGCUUAAGGGACAUUUUGAGUCUGGGGCGCACCAGCAAAGAGGUGGACUGCCGCCGAGCGAAAGUCCUCUCAGUCAUGAAAUGGAGGACGUUGUUAAUCAGAUUACUUUAUUGGCUGCUAGAGCAGCUCAAGAGAGUCCGGUUACUCAAGGUCACUUAUUCGAUUCGAAUUCGAAUAACUUUUGUCAACCUGCUGAGCCCAAGAGACGAUUUUUGAGUCCGCAACCGGCCCUCACUAGCGCCGGGCACUAGAAUGGUGAAUGUUUUGUUGUUUGCUUUCGCUAUUAAGCUGAGAAUUAUUAUAUAAUUAAAAUGGGACUUAUGAUAUAACUAAGGAAUCUUGAAUAAAAGUAAAUAAAACAUUAUUUCUAUUUGGGAAAUAAUUUAUUUGAGAUUUUAACCACUAUAUUAUAUAUUUUUUAAUUUUUUUAUGGUUCUCCAUCAUAUUGACAUAAAUGAGUUGCAAAUUACAAUCACAAGUACUUUUGUAGAACUUAUUUUUAAAAUGCCUCCUUUGUUAAUUUCGUUAAUUAGUUUGGAGUGGGCAUUUCAAAAAAAAAUACUUUCACUAGAUCUUUUUGACCAUUUCAAAUUCCUUUUCUAUUUGAGGCUUUAUAAGAAGAUCAAUCAAAGUAUAAGACAUAAUUCACUUUUUGAAAAAAUAGACAACGUAUCACGUAAUUUAAUUAUGAUUUUUUUUUUAUAUUUAAGGAGCUUAGAAAAUUAUUAAAAUGCAGUAUGAUUACCAUAUAAUUUGCAAGUCAAGCCAUUAAUUCACUGCUACGAAAUAAUCCAAAAGAUGUAUAAUGAAUAAAAUUGGAAGAUUGACAAAAUAGAAUUUAGUACUGAUUACAUUUUUUGAUGAAUAUUUAAAAUAUAAAGGGUAAUUUAUUCAUUAUAGUUAUGUAUAUCAGAUAGGCCAAUUUAGAAUAUAAGAAAUAAAGAAUAACUCAUAUUCAAUUUUAAAUCUUAUAAAAUGCUUGUUUUGAAAGAUUUUGAAUAAUAAUUUGAAUAGGCUUUCAUUU